CAACGUAAUGUCGUCCGAGAUUUGAGCCACAAAGUGAUCAAUUUUUCGCUUGUCUACGGAUAUGCUGACUUGUGCAAGGUUGAGAAGCAAAGUCCUUUUCAGUCCGCUGUCAUCAGCGUACCAGGCUUUGGGACAAAGGUUUGUUCACCGGGAGCCACUGCAUCCUGAAUGGACUGAACUGGCAAAGAAACAAUUGAAAGGAGCAGAUCCAGAAAAGAAACUAACAUGGCACACUCCAGAGGUAGUGAUUACCUCCAGAAUUAAGUUUGCAGCAAUGUAUAUUGUGGCAGCAGAGGAACAGGGAGUAAAACAAGAGCAGCUAUCAGGAACCAUUCAGAAUGACAUUCUGAAGGAAUUCAUGGUGCGCAACACCUACAUCUUCCCACCUGAGCCAUCUAUGAAGAUCAUAGGCGAUAUCUUCUCCUACACUUCACAGGUGAGCUUCCAUAAAGUAGCUUUUGCAAAAGUUGUGUACCGGUAUCAGCAUGUUCGGUCACCACCUUGUAGACAUGUUAUUAUAUUUCCCUCUUUCACUUCAGGUCUGAAAGCCGGACUCAAUAUCGACAGCUUUGCACCUCGCCUGUCGUUCUUCUGGGGGAUUGGAAUGAAUUUCUACAUGGAGAUAGCAAAGAUGAGAGCUGCGCGCAGACUGUGGGCCAAUCAGAUUGAGAAGAACUUCAAGCCAAAGAACAUGAAGUCGUGUAUGUUGAGGACACAUUCGCAGACUUCCGGCUGGUCUCUCACUGAACAGGACCCAUACAACAAUAUCGUGCGUACGACAGUCGAAGCCAUGGCAGCGGUGUUUGGUGGAACCCAGUCCCUGCACACCAACUCGUUUGACGAGGCCCUGGCACUACCGACUCCUUUCAGCGCAAGGAUUGCUCGUAACACGCAGAUCAUACUGCAAGAGGAGUCUGGCAUUCCUAAUGUUGCAGACCCGUGGGGCGGUUCAUACAUGAUGGAAUGUCUCACAGACGAGAUAUACGAAAAGGGUUUGAGUGUAAUCAAAGAGGUGGAAGAGUUGGGAGGCAUGGCCAAAGCAGUCGCAGCGGGAAUGCCAAAACUGAGAAUCGAGGAAUGCGCAGCCAGACGACAGGCCAGGAUCGACUCAGGGUCAGAAACAAUCGUUGGCGUUAACAAGUAUCGGUUGGCCAAAGAAGAAGCCAUUGAUGUGCUUGUUGUCGAUAACACCAGAGUGCGAGAACAACAGUUGGAGAAAAUAAAGCGAAUUAGAGAGACCCGAAACCAGGACGAGGUGAAUUUGGCGGUGGAUGCCAUUUCCGAGUGCUGCAAAACAGGCCAAGGGAAUCUUCUAGACCUUGCUGUUAAGGCUUCCAGGGUCCGUUGUACCGUUGGUGAGAUAACCGAAGCAAUGGAAAGGGUGGUUGGAAGACAUGUCGCCAGUGAUCGCAUGGUCAGCGGUGCCUAUAAAACAGAGUUUGGCGAUUCGGACGAGAUAAGCCAGUGCAUGAAGAAAGUGAAUGUGAGUCAUGAUAUUGUCGUCGUGUGUGGUGGUGUUAUUCCCCCUCAAGACUACCAGUUCCUUUAUGACUCCGGAGUCAACUGUAUCUUUGGCCCAGGAACACGCAUUCCGGCGGCAGCUAUGGAUGUCUUGGAUGCUGUAAUGAACGGUAACGCUGGACAAAAGACCACCGCUUAGACUGGGCCUACAAUAGCUAGCGUAAUUCUAAAACUCUUUUCCAGUCGUCCUGUAAAAAACAGUCAAAAAAAUCAGUACUGGAGUGAGCCUGCGAUUUUCUGCACAGGCGUUGCCAAGUAACCAUGACAUCCGACUCUUUAUACAGCUUCACACAGUAUUAACCCUUUGAAUACCAAACUUUCGCCAAAAAAUACCGUUUUUAACUGUUUAGUCAGGUUUUUUGGCUGCUA